GGCCCGCGGCAGGGCCCGGGCGCGGCGCGGAGGAGGCCCGGGACCGCUGCAGCACCGCAGGAGUCGGCCCAAGAAGAAAAUGAAAAUCUUCUCUGAGUCUCAUAAAACUGUUUUUGUUGUGGAUCACUGCCCAUAUAUGGCAGAAUCCUGUAGACAGCAUGUUGAAUUUGAUAUGUUAGUAAAGAACCGGACCCAAGGAAUCAUACCUCUAGCACCCAUAUCAAAAUCAUUAUGGACCUGUUCAGUGGAAUCGUCUAUGGAGUACUGCAGAAUAAUGUAUGACAUUUUUCCUUUCAAGAAACUGGUAAAUUUCAUUGUGAGUGAUUCUGGAGCUCAUGUUUUGAAUUCUUGGACCCAAGAAGACCAGAACUUGCAAGAGUUAAUGGCAGCCUUAGCAGCUGUGGGGCCACCUAAUCCUCGGGCAGAUCCAGAAUGCUGCAGCAUACUUCAUGGGCUGGUUGCUGCAGUUGAAGCACUUUGCAAAAUAACAGAGUACCAACACGAGGCUCGAACCAUGCUCAUGGAGAAUGCAGAACGUGUUGGAAAUAGAGGAAGAAUAAUCUGUAUUACUAAUGCAAAAAGUGACAGUCAUGUUCGGAUGCUUGAGGAUUACGUUCAGGAAACCAUUCAUGAACAUAAUAAGCUUGCAGCUAACUCAGAUCACCUGAUGCAGAUCCAGAAAUGUGAAUUGGUCUUAAUCCAUACGUACCCAGUUGGUGAAGACAGCCUUGUUUCAGAUCGCCCUAAAAAAGAGCUUUCACCUGUUUUAACCAGUGAGGUGCACAGUGUCCGUGCAGGACGGCAUUUAGCUACAAAACUGAAUGUUUUAGUCCAGCAACACUUUGAUCUGGCUUCCACCACAAUAACCAACAUUCCUAUGAAGGAAGAACAACAUGCUAACACAUCAGCCAACUAUGAUGUGGAGCUUCUUCAUCACAAAGAAGCACACGUUGACUUUUUGAAGAGUGGUGAUAAUCACGUAGGUGGCAGCAGCAGAGAGGGCGCAUUUAAAGAAACUGUGACAUUAAAAUGGUGCACUCCUCGAACAAAUAGUGUGGAAUUACACUACUGCACUGGAGCAUACAGAAUUUCACCAGUAGAUGUAAAUAGCAGACCGUCUUCAUGCCUUACAAACUUUCUCCUUAAUGGUCGUUCUGUUUUGUUGGAACAGCCACGCAAGUCUGGCUCGAAAGUAAUUAGUCACAUGCUCAGCAGCCAUGGAGGAGAAAUUUUUCUGCAUGUAUUAAGCAGCUCACGGUCAAUUCUAGAAGAUCCCCCAUCAAUUAGUGAAGGCUGCGGUGGGAGAGUUACUGAUUACCGGAUUACAGAUUUUGGUGAAUUUAUGAGGGAAAACCGAUUAACUCCUUUUCUAGAACCCAGAUAUAAGAUCGAUGGAAGUCUUGAAAUUCCAUUGGAACGUGCAAAAGAUCAAUUAGAGAAACAUACUCGUUACUGGCCUAUGAUUAUUUCUCAGACUACCAUCUUCAACAUGCAAGCUGUAGUGCCAUUAGCCAGUGUGAUUGUAAAAGAAGCAAUGACAGAUGAGGAUGUAUUGAAUUGUCAAAAAACAAUAUACAAUUUGGUAGAUAUGGAGAGGAAAAAUGAUCCGCUGCCAAUUUCAACAGUUGGUACCAGAGGAAAGGGUCCUAAAAGAGAUGAACAGUAUCGGAUUAUGUGGAAUGAAUUGGAAACUCUGGUACGAGCACACAUUGGCAACUCUGAUAAGCACCAGCGGGUCUUGGAGUGUUUGAUGGCUUGCAGAAGCAAACCCCCAGAAGAAGAAGAACGCAAGAAACGAGGCAGAAAGAGAGAAGAUAAAGAAGACAAGUCAGAGAAGUCAGGAAAGGACUAUGAAACAGAUAAGCCAUGGCAAGAAUCAGAAAGGUUAAAAAGUCUCUUGGAUCGUGAAAAAGAAGAACUAGCAGAAGCAGAAGUUAUAAAAGAUUCCCCCGAUUCUCCUGAGCCCCCCAACAAAAAGCCUCUUAUAACAAUGGAUGAAAUGCCCGUAGUGGAAAAGGCAAAAGGGCCAAUGUCCUUGCUGUCUUUAUGGAGCAACAGGAUUAAUACCGCCAAUUCUAGGAAACACCAAGAAUUUAUUGGUCGUUUGAACUCUGUCAACAAUAAAGCUGAGCUGUACCAACAUCUGAAAGAAGAAAAUGGAAUGGAAGCGACAGAGAAUGGAAAAACUGGACGACAGUGAUUUUGUUCAAACAGAAUUUGGCCAAAUUGCACGGGGGGGGAACAAAAAUAGAACACCAUGAUGUUGGAGUUAAAAUUGGUACCAUUUAGUACAAUUGUUCUGGUUUUGUUUUUACUCUUUUGUAUUUCUAUUUUUCUAUGAACUGUAAAAUGCACGUAUCACACUGAAUGGUGUGCAAAUAGCCUGUCCUGAAGUACUGUACAGUCGACUUCUAAGAAUGAAGAAAGCCUCUGCUGCCGAGGACUAAAUGAAAUUGUCAAAGAUGAUCUGAAUUUAAAGUCCUUUUCCAUAAGUAUUUAAUACAGUGGUGACUGACUGUAUCGAAGAGCUUCAGUUUCAAUUGAUAAAUAACUGAUACUGUUAAUUUCAGUUCAUUAAUACUUUUAUUUAUAGAAAACUUCUCAGGCAUCCAGAGUUAUUGAAAAGACCGCGCACUGAACACCUUGUUGCUGAGCUGAGAAUAUCAGUCUUGGUUUUCAUGCAAGUGGUGGGGUGGGGGCGUGAGUGGUUUUAAAGACUAAAUGUUGGCUUCAGAACUUUUUAAAAUUUGUUAGGAAUGAACUUUAGAAAGCAAGAUCUUUCAGGUUGUUAUGCUGGAAUUGAGUGUUUUUAAACAAAAUUGAAAUAAAUUUUUUGCUAACCAUUAAAUGUUUUUUUUGAUGGAAUAUACCCUCCAAAUUACCUCCAAUUACCAAAUUACCUGUGGCUUUAGGCCAGUUUAGGCCCUAAUGCUUAUAAAGGGGAAGCUUAUUCUGAAUAUCUAAAUAUGGCUAAGAAAUGACAAAUGUGAUUAUCAGUCUUUUUUUUCUUUUCUUGUUUCCCUCAGAAGUAUCUCUGCUAGUCUCUCCAAGUAGCUGAUCCCUUCAGCAUGCCAACUGUAGAAGAGCAGGGCAUGAAGCUAUGGAGAUAAAAAAUAAAAAAUUAAAACCUCAUGCAGAAACUAA